GCGCGCGCACCUUGGUCUCUGCUUCCACCAUCCUCGCUCUUCCCGCCUGCCACAUAGCUCCUUCACCCUUGACCGUAUUCUGAGCAAUGGCACCGAAACCCGCAUCCACCGCAGGCAAGGCCCCGGCCUCCACCGCGUCCAAGGCGCCCGCUAAGCCUGAGAGCUCCAAGGCUGCCAAGAAGACGGCGAGCAAGAGCAAGGCCGCCGCCCCAGCCGAUGGCGAGAAGAAGAAGCGCAAGAAGACCCGCAAGGAGACAUACAGCUCCUACAUCUACAAGGUGCUCAAGCAGGUCCACCCUGACACUGGUAUCUCCAACAAGGCGAUGGCCAUCCUGAACUCCUUCGUCAACGAUAUCUUCGAGCGUAUCGCCACUGAGGCAUCCAAGCUUGCGGCGUACUCGAAGAAGUCGACCAUCUCGUCCCGCGAGAUCCAGACCUCUGUCCGCCUCAUCUUGCCUGGUGAACUCGCCAAGCACGCUAUCUCCGAGGGAACGAAGUCCGUGACUAAGUUCUCCGCGGGCGCGAAGUAGGGUACACCGCCGUCGUGUAUACUGGCCACUGUUUGACAUGUGUCUUGCUACACCCUAUAUUCCCAUGUUGCUCUAGCUUUGUCUCUUGGAUGUAUAUGUAUCUGUAUGGCAAUAAUCUUCGCAAAACUCGUCACAGACGGCGUG